UGGCCAUUGCUGGAAUUAACUGAUAACGUCUCGGUGACCACCACGGCUGAAAAAAAAAAAUGGAUUUAUAUUUUACUUUUGAAUUUCGCAAUUAUCUAGAACUGCUCAGUAAGCCGAGCGGUCUAAAUCCCUACUCAAACUAAAGAUGUAACGCCAGUGAUCAAUUUCAGAUCAAAGUACGAAAAAUUAGCAGUCGUGGCUUAAGUUCUUCAAAAAACGCAAAACUUGAUCAUUUCACGUUGUUGUUUUGAAGAGGACAGUUACGGAAUAUACAAAGAUUUAUAACGCACGUGCACAGUGAUUAUUUUGCUCAUAAAACCUUUUGUUUGGUGGCGUUCUCGUUGCCGUUGUCGUAACACUGUAUGUCUUCUUUCGCUUCACCAGGGCCGCCACCAUGACAGAGUCUGACGGAAAUUACAAUCUUGAGUGGAAAGACAAUUCGUCCAAACCAGUUUUGAAACGCGUGAACUUGCCUUCAGUGGUUCAUCCUGUCUUUGAAGACAUACAUCACGACAAAAAACUGCUGGACAUUGUUUCUGACCUGAUCGGUCCCUCCAUCCGUUACAUUCAACACGACUGUUUGUUUUUGAACUAUCCAGACCGUGGCGGUUGUCCAAUCAAAUGGCACCAAGACUGGGUUUUCUGGCCUCACACAAAUCAAAGUCUUGUGACUGGUUUCCUCUCUAUUGACGACUCCCGGCGUGAAAAUGGCUGUCUACAAGUCAUACCAGGAAGUCAUAAAGGUCCGCUUUAUAAUCACCACGACGAAGACAAGUUUGCUUCAGAAAUCAACGACGCGAACUUUGACUCCAGUGGCGCUGUCCAUUUGGAAGUUCCCGCAGGUGGCAUUUCCCUGCAUCAUCCAUUCACUGUACACGGUUCAGCGGUCAACCAAUCAAAUGGACCGAGACGAUAUUUUGUGUUCUCCUUUAGCGCGACAGAUGCGUGGCCUCUCAUUGGUAUUGUGGGAAAAGAGAAUGAACUUUGGGGUCCAGUGGACUGGAACCGAUAUUGUUCUUCAGUGGUGCGAGGCAAAGCAAGCAAAUUUCCCCGGAUGGAAGCCAUUCCAGUGUCGCUUCCGGUUCCAUUUGAAACUGAAAGUAUGGAUCUCUUCUAUUCGGAACAAAGCAAGUCAAUUCACGGCAUCCCCAGUUACUGAAGAAAAGAUUAUUUUCAAUUUCUGCACAAGCCUAUAAUUUACGAACUUGUUUACCCAGAACUAAAGGUUUCUGUUCUGUUUUCUGGCUCCUUCUUGGUGUAGAAGACACAGGACACGUCACAAUAGAACACCGACUCGCAAACUUACUGGUUCUAUUGUCUUCCUUGUACUUCUGUUCUCUGUUGUUUUAAAUCAGCUGCCGUGUCUUCUACACCAAGUAAGAGCCUGUUUUCUGACGGUGAACAGUUGAAAUGUGACACAAAACAUGCCAUAGGGCGUUAAAAAUAGGUUGGAAAUACUAGAGUCGUGUGCCAUAGCCGUCAUAGUAAAACCUGUAUUUGAAUACUCCUGAAUUUUGAUAAUAUCUCCAACCUGUACUUUAAUAUCUGGUGUUGCUCCUUAAUUAAAAGAGGCGUUUGCUGACUUUUAAACAUUUUCGCCAAAAUUGUCUGGUGUCCACUUUUAUCUGAAAACGCGGUAGAGAGGACUAAAUAUGCAAGGAGUGACUUGCGUUUUAUACGGAAAACAGAAGAGGUUUUGUUUUUUAAUAAACUUAGGAGAUUCAAACAACUAUCUGCCAGGUUUUGACUGCGUUGUUAUGAACUUCGAUAUGAGUUUUCAGAAUUGUUUAGGUUUUUAUCUGAGUAUUUUAUCGGUUGUUUUUGGUCAUGGUGGAAGUCCUGUGUUUCAAGCAGCCGCAGGGCCGCACAUGUAGUUUUUGUCCUCACUUUGUUUGUCUUUGUCCGUUAAUAGUUCCUCGUCCUAAACUGACAAUAGCUUCCGUUGGCGGUCUUGUUUGGGCUUGCUUUGGAGCUCCACUAAAGUUCCUGUUUUGCCGUCAUUUUUCCGGCGAAUGUUAAGUGUUUAUGGUAUCAAGUUCUUUGCUUAAAAUGUUUGGCCUAGUGGGUUAUUGUUCUAAACAAGAUGUCUAAUCUCACUCUUAAGUUAGUCGGCCCGCCGGUGAGACCACACAUGCCUAUCAAUUGGGUAAUUAGUUAGCAGAUAACUGUGCUUGUUACGCUCAAGACUAAUAAAGACAGAAAUCAGAUUCCUGGUGCUUCUCGCCUUAUUCUUUGCCGAGCGCCCCAAUAAGAUUAAUUGGUUGGUGGAGAACUGAAGCUUUGGAUUUCCUGACUGAAGAAUUGUAAGUCAACAAUGAUUUCUA